AUGGCACGUACCCUCGCUUUGCUGCUUCUGAAGCGGUACAGCAUUCACUUUAAUCCCGAAAACGGCCAGAUUCGCUGUAUCGCGCAUGUCGUUAACCUUGUGGUGCAGAAGAUUCUUCACGAGCUCUCAGAAGCGGAUGACCCGGCACUGAGAGAUUACUACGAGGAGUUCGCCAAGCAUGAGCCGUUUCAUUACAACCCGGAAGAAGACGGCGAUCUCAAGGCUCUUGAGGCCGAAGACGAAGAACUUGAUGAUGGCGAGGACUCUUCGGAUAGCGAAGACGACGACGAAUUUGAGGACGAGGACCUUGGCGACUUGGGGCAAUCAACAUGGAAGGUGCAGAGCCCUGUAAAGAAGCUCCGCCUCAUAUGCACGAAGAUCGCAUCUUCGCCGCAGCGACGCUCAAGGUUCUACAAGAUCAAGCGCAAGGUGUAUAAAGCAGAUACUGCAGAGAACGCACGGCGGCGCCGGCUCAUGGUGAUUCGCGAUGUUGUCACACGAUGGAAUUAUACCCACGCUAUGAUUGUUCGCGCUCUGGAACUGAGAGACGUAACGAUACUCAACCUACACCAACAGGUAUUCACGAAGGUGACGGAAGCCAUGAGCGUGGCGCGCACGCCAACACUGCCAUAUGUGCUCCCAAUGUACGAGUACAUGCGACAAUCGCUGGAUGCGAAUGCUCAAGAUGAGAAGCUCGACCCACUCAUUCGCAAUGCUGCGGCCGCAGGUUUGCUCAAGCUGCUUGGAUACUACACGAAAGCGAAGGCCUCCCAGUACGUAAUUAUUGCGACAGUGCUACACCCUUCCAUGCGUCUUCAGUGGUUCAACCGGCUAGGCACAGACUUUGUCGAGAAGGCUCGCGCGCUCUUCCAGCAUGCGUAUGACGAGUAUGCAGCUGCUGCAGAGGAGAACGCUCGUCAAGAGCCCGAGAAGCCCCGUGCUUCUGAGUCGCAGAAUAAGACCGGCUUCCUUGAUGAAGUGUGCGCAGUUCUGCAGCCCUCACAAGCAACCGUUGCAUCUGUCUUGCGACGGAACGAAGCUGAGCAGUAUCUUGCGGGCGAAGGCGGUGCGGUUGAGCCGCAUAGUACUAUUCUGACCUGGUGGAAGGUGAGCUGUCCUUGCUUUUGUACAAAUCUUGUGACUGACUCCAACUCUUUAGGAGCACGCAGGUGCAUUUCCCAUCAUAAGCCGUAUGGCGCGCGACUUUCUGGCCAUUCCCGCAACAAGCGUGUCAGUGGAACGACUGUUUUCGGCGUCUCGACACUUGUGUACCGAUCUUCGCUCCUCUUUCCGGGCACAGACUGUCACAGAGGCUAUGUGCGUCAAGCAAUGGAUUCGCGCAGGCCUUCUGGAAGUUAUUCCGGCACGAUCCUCAAAGAAAAAGUGAUUGUACAUAUUAACUGUUUGUUUACUGUUUAUAAACUGUUUAUAAACGUUUAUAACCGUUUACUGUGUGUUUACAAAAAAAUUUUAAACGUAAACUAA